GCUCCUUUCCCCAACUUACCCGGCCGGUUCAACUUGCAGCAGCGGUCUUGAGCUAAGUUGCAGCCUGGUGGAUGCUUCUCUGAAUUCAAAGGUGAAAUAACCAUGGUCGCAGAAAUUGCAGUUGCACUGAUCCAGUGUUUCGUGGUGCCGAUCGUUACCGAGCUUGUCAAGGCGGCGCUUAAGAAGCUCUCGUCCGGCAAGGAGCUGAAAGGACUGGAGGCAAGUCUCGCCGAAAUAAAGAGCAUGGUGGAUCUAGAAACGAUGUCCCUCCGAAGGGACCCCAAGACCGUCAUGGGGAGUCUGCGGCGGCUCAAAGGCGCCGCUGAGGCCACCGAGAGUAUCUUGGGCGAUCGCCGUACCACUGGGAUAGCCAUGGGACGCUCGAUUGACUACUUGAGCGGGAAGACGCAGCUCCUCCCCCAAGAUUCAGUGAGUAUUCUUCCUUCUGUUCGCUCGUUCGUGCAGGGAAUGGAACCCGAUCUGCAGAAGGAAAAUGUAAAUGAUGAGGACCCAGUGCGCCAGACCCUACGGAAACUGGAAGGGUCGGUUGCGUCUCUCCGCAGGCCGGCGGUGGAGCAUCGGCAUGGGUACGCUCUCCGUAGUGCAGCGAGGGAACGGCCACGCGGGCCAGCGGAGGAGCCUCGGCGUCACAGGAGAGCGGAGGAGAUUGCGAACGCGACUGCAAGAGCGAAUUCUAGCCGCAGGAAAGCGGAGGAGAUUGCGAACGCGACUGCAAGAGCGAAUUCUAGCCGCAGGAGAGCGGAGGAGAUUGCCAACGCGAUCGCGAGAUCGAAUUCUACCCGCAGGAGAGCGGAGUAGAUUGCCAACAAGAUUGCAAGAUCGAACUCUACCCUGCGGAUGUAAGCUGAGUAUCUGACCCAUCUAGUUAUGUCGGUCUAAAUGUUUUUCCCUUCCAUCAUUGCGUCCUUGAUUGAUUAAGAUUUGUAUUUCAAUAAUGUGUUCUCUGCUCAUGCACCCGAAGACUACUUGUAACUUGUGAUAUCAGUUUGUAACCAGUUCAACUGGUUUGGUCAUUUCUGAUGUUUAAUGAUAAACUUAAGUAUUUGUA